UCCAUUUAUAGUUUGGCCCAUAACUGAAUUUCAUACUUAUCUCUAACCCUUGUUUUGUUCUGUUUCUCUCAUUUCUUCACGAACGAAUCACAUCUUCUCUGCCUCACCGCCGCUCAAUUACCGGCGGCAGCUUACCAGCCGCCACCGCCGUCCACCGUCCACCGUCCUAUCUCUUCUCUCUCUUGUUCCUCUCCAUCAACUCCACUCUCUUGUGAUUUCGGCGCGAUUUCGAAUUCACCUGCGUUUGAUUCCUGUCUGCAUAGUCUCCUACGCCGCCACAACCCUUCAUCUCGAAGAAUCGAACAGUGUGGUAAGCAUUAGCGAGGUGUUUCUCCUGUUCUCAUGUCAGAAAUGGAGAUGACAAAGCCUUAUGUGUGGCUUCAAACUUCUGAUGGUUCAACCCAACAAGUGGAGCAAGAUAUUGCAAUGUUUUGCCCAUUUAUAUGUGAAGAAUUGCAAAAAGGCAUGGGAUCUUCCAAGAAUUGUGCAGUAUGUCUUCCUCAACAGGUCAGUUCUCCAAUGUGGAGCUUGAUUCUUAAUUAUUGUCGAUUUCAUCAAGCACCAGGCCGCUCAAACAAGGAACGAAAGUCCUAUGAUGAUAGUUUCGUUAAGAUAGACACAAAUAUGCUCUGUGAGUUGGCGUGUGCUGCACACAGUCUACAAUUCCGGCCAUUGAUUGAUCUCACAAGUCGUGCACUAGCUCGAAUAAUUGAAAAAAGGUCGCCAGAGGAAAUACGCAGCAUAUUUCGUGUGCCUGAUGAUCUUACCGAGGAAGAGAAAUUGGAGCCCUUGUUAAACAUCACUGAUGACCCAAGCAUCAGGCUUUUGAACCGCUUGUAUGCCAAGAAGAGAAGAGAACUACUUAAAGAGCGUGAAAGCAUAAAGAAGAAUGUUGAUGUUGAAGAAGAUGAACGUUCAGUUGACGACCUUCUGUCUUUUAUUAAUGGUGAUCCGAAGGAGAUCAAAACUACUUCUAAGAAUAAAAAAAAGAGGAAAAAAGGCCAACAUAAGAAGAAUGUAAAGGUAAAUGGCCAUGACGACAUCGGAAACCAAAGUGCGGAAACAGAUAAACCGUUUGAGACCUCUGGUUUACAUGGUGAUUUUAUGGUUGAGUUUGAUGAUGAUAAUAGUGAUGAUAUUGAUGAUGAGAUUGAUCCGGCCUUACAAGCAAGAAUUGAUAGGGAAGUGGAAGAAUUUGCCCGCAGAUUAAAUUGUUCCUUGCAAGAGAGAAUACAAGACUUUUCUUCGUCAGCGCAGGAAAGGAUUUUGGCUUGAAAAUUUUGACAAGGAAAUUGUUGCAGGUCACUUGCUUUUCUUUCUUAGGAAAAUUUUAAGGAGUAACCUAGCUUGUUAAGAGUUCAAAAUAAAGCUUGUAGCUCGUCAAGUUUUUGUUUUCGUAUUUGGAUUUCCUCAAAACAAAAAAAAAAGUAUUUUGUUUUUGUAUUUGGAUGUUGUGAAAUUUUUAUAUUUUUCUUAUUCCUUACAACUGUACUUGACAUAUUUUGUUUUGUUUUAUAUGUUGCGGUUCAUUUUUAUGUGCUUC